AUGAAUUACAGACAUGCAAUCGAUGAGGACUCUGUCACAGCCAUGUCACUUGAUGGUUCAGAAUUCUCUGAGGAGCACCAUGGUUUUAAUCUGGCUAUCGACCCAAAUCCACAGCAGAUCUACACUUCUCAUUAUCGUGCCGGAGCCAUGAGACUCACAGAGGAGAAUACUCAUCUCUCACGAGACAAUCUACAUUUGUCGUUGCUAGGAUGUCUUCUAGAUGAUCGAGAGUUUGAUAGCACACGCAUGCAGAAAUAUCUAAAUGAAAACUGGCCCAUGGCUAAAGUAUGGGUACAGCUAGGAGAUCCUCUGAUCCCAGGUUUCUACAUUGAAAAAAGAAAUGGUAGAUUUGCAAAGAUUCAGUGCAAGUAUGAAAAUGUCCACAAGUUCUGUAUGCGGUGUGGAUGUCUGGGUCAUCAUCUACAGCAUUGCCACAUACAAGAUAAUCAGACACUAGAGGAGAAUCUGGAUGCCUUUUUCACAGAAAAGGAGAUUCAGAAUGGCUCACCUUUAUACAUUGACCCCAACAGGCCGCUCUUCACAGGCUCGAUGUGUGCACAUGGUCACAAGAAACGACGAUGCACCAGAAUCAUGUUUAACAAGUAUCUUCAAUUACAGGAUUUCUAUGAGCAUGUUCCAGAGCAUUAUGUUCAGGAUGGCUUCCAGAUCACAAAGCUGGAUGAGGCGCAUCCAGCAGCGUGUGAUGUCCUAUCUAAUUUCUUACAGACUGCAAUCCGGGAGAACGCAUUUAUAGACACAGAAAGAAGAGCAGCCCCUGCAGUAGAGUUGGAAUCCAGGCAAGACGUAGAAUUUCAGCGUCUCCCUGAUCCACAAGAACUAUGCUUCUCUGAUUCAGGUAGCUUCUACUCUUCUCCUUCACUGUUUAAGAAUUCAGAUUACUGUGGCAGUUCUGUUUUUGCGGAGUCAGACAGUGAAAUGCCAGAUUCCUUUUAUCUUGUCCCUGAGGUUCCGCCACCUGAUGAUCUUUCUGAUCGGACAUCUUAUGUCCCAUCUUUGUUCAUUGCAAAUGUUCCUGAUUACCGCCCUUUGAUGAUGGUUGAUUCCCCUAAUUCUGUACUAAAUGUAGUGGUAUCCAACUCUAAAUCUCUUAGUACUGAUAGGGAUGUGUCUAUUGUUUUGUUGAAUACAAGUAGUGGGCCUGAUAGUAAUAGCCUUGCUGAUGAUAAUCAUUGUACUGUCACGAGUGCAUUUACAGCACAGCUAUACUACUCCUCGGAUGACUCCAGUCAUGGAGAUACAUCUUGUAAUAGACAGGCUAGAUCUCCCCCAACAUUGAGAGGGAGGAAGAAAGCUACCAAGGUGACCAAAAGAAAGAAUCAUGGUUGGUUAAUGUCCAUUCAAUCUCUGGAAGAGGAGUAUCAUUCAACCUCAAGCUCUGGUGUCAAUCAAUGCUGUUUGAAGGGAAGGAAGGCAGUGUCGGAUUCUAAAAUUUGGAGGCCUGUAAUACAAAGCCACUGUGAGAGGAAACGGAGCUCAGAACAGGCAUUGGAGGAAGCUAUGGAUUUGCCCACAAAAAGGAAGAACAGUGCGGAUAGAAGUGAAGAGACAGGAAAAGGGCCUGUAACCCUGGAGAUGGCCACUCCAUUUGAGAACAAUCUGAUGUGCUUUGCGGCGGUUGUGCCAGAACGAUUGUCUUUACCCCAAUGA